UUCUCUUUCCUCCCACCGCCCAUCUUCUACUUUCCUCAUUCGCUAUAUAAAUCCUCUCCGGCCUUCUUACUUUCUCAUAUCUCAUCCUAAACGUAGCGUUUUACUUUUGCAACAAUCUCUAAUCGAAAUUCUAAAAACCAUGUUUACAGAAGUUGAACAAGAACAGCUUAUUGAGAAACUCGAAAUCUUCAAGAUCCAAGGCAGAGAUAAACGUGGCCGCAAAAUUUUGCGCAUCAUCGGAAAAUUCUUUCCUGCUAGAAAUCUGAGUGUUGAAGUAGUGAACAAGUAUUUAUCGGAGAAGAUCUUUCCAGAACUUGAGAAAAGGCCGUUCGCCGUGGUGUAUGUUCACACCGAUGUGGAGAAAAGCGAGAAUUUUCCCGGAGUGUCAGCUUUACGAUCGUUCUACGAUGCGAUUCCGGUGAAAGUCCGAGAAAAUCUGGAGGCUGUUUACUUUCUUCACCCUGGUCUUCAAGCCAGGCUUUUCCUAGCCACAUUUGGUCGCUUCAUCUUCAGCGGAGGGUUAUAUGGGAAAUUGAGGUAUGUGAGCAGGGUUGAUUAUCUGUGGGAACAUGUGAGGAGGAAUGAGAUUGGGAUGCCAGAAUUUGUGUACGAUCAUGAUGAAGAUCUUGAGUACCGUCCGAUGAUGGACUAUGGUCUGGAGAGUGAUCAUGCCAGGGUCUAUGGUGAUGCGCCUGCAGUAGACUCACCUGUUACAAUGUACUCCAUGAGAUGCAUCUCAUAAGAUAAUUGGAAGGCUUUUGCAGUCUUUUCGGUUCAUAGUUAGAUGUGUAGGAACCUUGUGGCUUUCUUCUUUUUUCUUCCUCCAUCUGAUGAAUUUUUUUUGGUCUGUAUAUACGAUUAGAUGGAGGUUAGCAACUAGCAAGCACUUCUUUUUCUUCUUGUUGUUGUUAUAUAGUAAUAGUACAAAGGUUAUCAACUUUGAAAGCAUUGAUGGUUUCCAAUCUGAAAAAUCCUGGAACGAUGUUUUUUUCCUUCUCUAAGAUGAAUAUACUUCAUGAAGAAUUUUGUGGU